AAACAAGUGUAAAGAAAGAGUAAAAAUGGAAGCAGCAGUGGUUAUUUUCUAUCCCCUCUUCCCUUUUCGACUUCCAGCAGCCAAAGACACUCUCUUCUUUCUUCCACAAUAAAAAGAGGAGAGUAACAUUUUCUUUUGGCGCCCAUUCCUCAAGAAAUUUUCCCGAAAGAUUCCCUCGCUGUUUCAGUCCCCCAACGCUUCCAAUUCCGCACAAAUUCUUAUUCUAUCGUUUGCAUUAGUUGCGCGUAGUUUUGCGUCUCUAUUGUUCAACCGCUGACUUGCUCUGAUUCCGUGUCUGCAAUGGCUUCCGAGCAACAGCUAUCUGCAAUUAAGGGCGCAAAAGUGCUUAUGGUGGGCGCCGGCGGUAUUGGAUGCGAACUUCUCAAAACCCUCGCGCUGUCAGGUUUCAAAGACGUCCACAUAAUUGACAUGGAUACAAUUGAAGUCAGCAACCUAAACAGACAGUUUUUGUUUCGACAAUCACAUGUUGGGCAAUCUAAGGCCAAAGUUGCUCGUGAUGCAGUGCUGAAAUUUAGACCUAACAUCAGCAUUACUCCAUACCAUGCAAAUGUGAAAGACCCUGAAUUCAAUGUUGAUUUCUUUAAGCAAUUUAAUGUUGUGUUGAAUGGGCUUGACAACUUAGAUGCCAGACGACAUGUGAACCGUCUUUGCUUGGCAGCUGGUGUGCCAUUGGUUGAAAGUGGGACCACUGGCUUUCUGGGACAGGUUACUGUUCACAUAAAGGGUAGAACAGAAUGUUAUGAAUGCCAGCCUAAGCCAGCUCCCAAAACUUACCCUGUUUGCACUAUCACAAGUACUCCAUCAAAGUUUGUUCACUGUAUUGUAUGGGCGAAGGACCUGCUUUUUGCAAAAUUAUUUGGGGACAAGAAUCAGGAUAAUGACCUGAACGUGCGUGCAAGUGAUGCUUCCAGCUCAUCACAACAAUCUGAAGAUGUUUUUGAACGCAAAAAUGAAGAAGAUAUUGAACACUACGGACGGAGAAUAUUUGAUCACGUUUUUGGUUACAACAUCGAGUUAGCUUUAUCAAAUGAAGAUACAUGGAAAAAUCGUAACAGGCCGAGGCCUAUUUAUAGCAAAGAUGUAAUUCCUGUUGAACCUGUCAGUCAGAAUGGAAAUCAGGCUAAAAAUUUGGUAGCUGGAAACCCUUCGUCAAUUUCUGCAAUGGCAUCUCUUGGCCUGAAAAAUCCACAGGAUCUUUGGAGCUUAAAGGAGAACUCAGCUAUAUUUCUUGAGGCCCUGAAAUUAUUUUUUUCAAAACGAGAAAAGGAGAUUGGUAACUUGACUUUUGACAAAGAUGAUCAGCUAGCUGUUGAAUUUGUUACAGCUGCAGCAAAUAUCAGAGCUUCUUCAUUUGGCAUACCUUUGCAUAGCCUUUUUGAGGCCAAAGGUAUUGCCGGCAAUAUUGUACAUGCUGUUGCGACAACAAAUGCCAUCAUUGCUGGAUUGAUUGUGAUUGAGGCUAUUAAGGUGCUGCAAAAUGAUAUUAAAAACUAUAGGAUGACUUAUUGCCUUGAGCAUCCUUCAAGAAAGAUGCUUCUAAUGCCAGUAGAGCCAUUUGAGCCAAACAAAUCAUGCUAUGUCUGCUCUGAGACGCCUUUGACUCUGGAGAUAAAUACACAUGGCUCAAAGUUGAAGGACCUUGUUGACAAGAUUGUGAAAGCAAAGCUUGGCAUGAAUUUGCCUCUGAUCAUGCAUGGUUCUUCCCUUCUGUACGAGGUUGGUGAUGAUCUUGAGGAGGAUGAAGUUGCCAAUUAUGCAGCAAAUUUGGAAAAGGUACUAUCUGAGCUUCCUUCUCCAGUCAUUGGCGGAACAAUCCUUACUGUUGAGGAUCUUCAGCAAGAGCUAAAAUGUAGCAUUAAUGUUAAGCACAGGGAGGAAUUUGAUGAGGAAAAGGAACCUGAUGGAAUGGUUCUCUCUGGCUGGACACAGCCUCUGGCUGUAGAAAAGAAUGGGAAGGGAUCUACUGAUAAUGGUGCGAGCACCUCUCGUGUGUCUGAAACUACUUCUCUAGUGAUGGAAGACGAUGAUGAGUUACAAAUCAUCCCAGCACAAAUUGCGAAGAAAAGGAAGUUAUCCGACAUUUCCAGUGCUGCUAGUUCAGAUGCUUCAUCUUUUAGAAAUGAGGCAAAAUUUAAAAGAAAAGCAGAAGAGGCUGAUAAUAACAAUGAUGUGGUAAUGCUUGAUGGUGGGAGCUCCGAGAAUAGCAAGAAGAAAAGGGAACAAUAGCUAUUCAUCUUCCUUGUUUUGAUCUCGAUCAGCAUAUCUCACCCUAACUUUGUAGAAUACAAAGAAAAUGGUGAUUCUUUUGGUGCUUGCAACUAGAGGAAUAUUUGUUUUUAGGUACUUGCGAUUUUUGACAGGAGGUUGGAUCAGUCUAGCCUGGACGAGAAACUGAGUUUGCCCUGAUCCUAUGAUGUAUUCUAACUCACUAGAUUAGGUGAGAUAUUAACUAUGUAACUUGUCAUUAGUAAGGUUUGUGUAUGUAGAAUCUUGAAAAUUAGGGAAAAGAAAGUAUGGCCCUGUUAGCAGUGCCCAAUAUUUGAUGUC